AUGGACCCCAACUGCUCCUGCGCCACUGGUGGCUCCUGUGGCUGCUCUGACUCAUGCAAGUGCAAAGGCUGCAGAUGCACAUCCUAUAAAAAGAGCUGCUGCUCCUGCUGCCCUGUGGGCUGUGCCGAGGGUGCCCAGGGCUGCAUCUGCAAAGGAGCAUGGGACGAGUGCAGCUGCAGCGCCUGA